CAAACAGCGAACAGCCUAUUCUUUCUCGCAGAGCCUCUUCCUCUCUUUCGUAUCCUCUUCUGCUCCAGAAGCGACGGAGACGAUUUCUUCUGUGAUGCCGCAGUCUAUCGUUACCACCAAUCACCACCGUCCUCCUCCGCUGACUACCAACACAACAUGCUGCUCUUUGUCGACUUUCGUACCAUCGUUACCGAGAUCGAUUCGAUUUCCAGCGGCGAAAUUCGGUUAUACGUUGACGUUUUCGCCAUACGGGAGUACAACUACUAGUAGAGAUAGGGUGGUUAUAUGUAUGGCGAAGGAGAGGAGGGUGAAAAUGGUAGCGAAGCAGAUACAGAGAGAGCUAGCUGAUAUGUUGCUGACCGACCAGGUUUUACAGUACGCUAUUCUCCCCGAAGCUGCCCUCGGUGCUGACCGGUAUCUAUCAUCUCUUACUACCAUCAGUGAUGUUGAAGUCUCAUCCGAUUUACAGGUGGUUAAGGUACAUGUAUCUGUUUUUGGUGAUGAAAGAGGAAAGGAGGUUGCCAUUUCUGGGUUGAAGUCAAAAGCAAAAUACAUACGUGGUCAAUUGGGUAAGCGUAUGAAAUUACGACUUACCCCUGAGAUCCGCUUUAUUGAAGAUGAUUCUAUAGAGAAAGGAAGCAGGGUGAUUGCUAUAUUAGAUAAGAUAAAGGGUGAGAAGACCACACAGGAUCCAACAGUUGACCAAGAUGAGUCAACCGAUCCAAAUUAUGACAAUGAAGAAUGGGAGGAUGAUGAUGAUGACAUCAUCUAUGUGAAGUAGUUGUUGCUAGUUGCUUUAGAUUAAAACUUGUUUGACUUUAUGCAUGCUUCUUUUCCCCAAGGUUAGAUCUCAUCAUUGAAUGUUCAACAUGUUUAGGUCAAAAUAUGGAAAAGCACUUAAUACUUUCACCUUAAUUUUUUUUUUACCAAUAUACUUUUUCUGAUAUGUAAAUAACUUUUGAGAAAGAAGAGGGG